AUGUAUAGUAGAUGUGUCUUGUUCCUAACUGUAUUUACCAGCGUACAUCCGUAUGUUCUACCUGCUACUCUACAUUAUGAACGUUUGCCGAUUAGUGAACAAGUACAAAAAUAUCUUACUGCAUUCGGCAGUGUGAACCUGAAUAGUGGCAAUAUCAGUAAUAAUUGGUUAGAAAAUUCGAAUAAAAUUGGUUUGGGCUACAAUCCUCUGUAUGGCAGUCCUGUGUGUUAUACCGGUACCUGUCAGAUGGAAGGAUUCACACGUUCAAUAUUCAAAUUGAAUUAUCUUCAAUCGGCACCUGGAACAUGCACACAAAAAUUUAUACCCGAACAAGUUGAAUUAGAUUGUCUGCCAUCGACCACGUGGGAUGCCAGCACAGAAACAAUAAGCACAUUGGAGGAACUGUACCAAUCAAUAACUAAUAAAGUUGAAGUAUCUGCGAGUGGUAGCAUUAAGACAGCUUUAUUUUUAUACACAUUUUCAGAUGAAACACACUAUAUCAUUGAUAAUAUUGUUCAAAAGGAACGAACAGUGACAUAUACAACAGCACAAAUAUCCUACGUGAAAUUGUCAAUGUUCGAACCACUGUUGGAAUUAUCAGACGAUUUCAGAUAUGUCAUUGAUAAUUUACCAUGUUGUAACUAUGAUUCUAAUACUGAACAAUAUAUUUAUGAGUAUAUAUUUAACUAUUUCGGUUUCACAUUUAUUUCAAAUCUAUUACUUGGUGGAAUUGCCCAAGAAAUUCUUCUCAUAGAUAGGGAGUCUUAUGAAAUAAUGAUAGAGCAAGGCUAUGAUAUAGAAAAUGAAGCAAAAGUGGAAUUUUAUGUCUCGGUAGACGCUACACAGCAGUCAAACUAUGAUAAGAUAACACAUGAUAAAUUUACAUCUGAAGUACAAGAAAAGCAUACAUCAACACUGGGCGGCGAUACAUCGAUAACAACAAUUGAAAACUAG